GUGGCAGUUGAACGAAAGAUAAAACGAAGCAUGUUCCCGUCUCGUGUACUCCUGGUUCUGGUGGCAGUCACAGGAUGUUUGACCGAGGACAUCGUUCCUGUAAGGACUGGUGGAGGUCCGACGCCAAGACCGGGCGGCAGCCGUCGUAAAGAUCCUACGGCGGACCUCCCGGAUCUCUCACGCGACGAACUUCUAGCGAUUCUUGAUCUCAUCGAGAAAUCAGGGGAUUCGAAGCCCGGAGCGAGAACCGUUCCUCCGCAGUAUCCUCCGACGACAGCGGCACCUCUCUAUCCGGCCAUCCCCGACGACAUUCGAGGACCGUCGGCGCCAACCAGCAUGCCGUCCAACGGGCCCGCUCAUACCCCGACCGUCGCCCCGUACAACAGACCAACCGCUUCCCCUCCCACGGACUUCAGCCCCGUCGCACCUCCGAAUUAUCCCGCACCGAUCGCUCCCCCGAUGCCCGCAUCAACAACGCCCAAGCCCAAGAAAAGUUUCUUCGACAAAGUCAUAGGAGGUGUGCUGAAGAUUGUGGCGCCGCAGAACCCGAGCGAUACCGCCAAGGCAUCUCCUGGAGCAUUGCUCAACGGUCUCCUGUCCCAGUUGCAGAACGCCCAGCAGAGCAACCCUGGACAAGGGAACCCCCCGCCCGCAUCGUCCGGGAACGUUCUCAACAAUCUUCUAAAUCGGCUCCAGGGACAGAACAGUGAAGGGAGUCAGUUCGUGACGAAUUUGAUCCAAACACUCCAAUCGAACAGGGGUCCCUCGGCAGCCCAGGGUCAACCUUCAGGAACCCCAGCUCAUGGCCAGAGUGCUGGAGAGCAAUUGUUUUCGUCAUUGUUGAAGAGUCUCUCGCAGGGUCAGCAAGGCCAGAACGGCCAGUCGAGCGGCUCGAAUUUCGCUGAAAUGCUGCAGCGGCAAAUAUUCAACCGGAACGGGGAUUCAUCCUCGUCGUCUGACAAGAAGAAUCCGGCAGACCUCUUGUUUGAAGGCUUCAGACAAGUGCUCCAGCCGACGAGAACUCAGUAG